UCUCCCACCAACCACUAACGAUUGCUCUGCACUGUAUUUGUAUGUACUCCACCAUUAUAUAAGUGACGGAGUGAACCAAGAAGCGGCGGAGAGAAAUCGAUCGAUCCGAUUCCGGCCGGCCAUGGCAGCUGCUGCUCCGGCGACGGCGGCGGUGCGGCGCAUGAAGCUGGGCUCGCAGGGUCUGGAGGUCUCGGCGCAGGGGCUGGGAUGCAUGGGCAUGUCCGCCUUCUACGGCCCGCCCAAGCCGGAGCCCGACAUGGUGGCGCUCAUCCACCACGCCGUCGCCGCCGGCGUCACCCUCCUCGACACCUCCGACAUCUACGGCCCCCACACCAACGAGCUCCUCCUCGGCAAGGCGCUGCAGGGCGGCGUGCGUGAUAAGGUUGAGCUGGCCACCAAGUUCGGCAUCGCGUUCGAAGACGGCAAGCGGGACGUCCGCGGGGACCCGGCGUACGUGCGCGCGGCGUGCGAGGGCAGCCUCCGGCGGCUCGGCGUCGACAGCAUCGACCUUUACUACCAGCACCGUGUCGACAAGAAGGUGCCCAUCGAGGUCACGAUUGGCGAACUCAAGAAACUAGUUGAAGAAGGAAAGAUAAAAUAUAUUGGGUUAUCUGAAGCAUCUGCAUCAACUAUCAGAAGGGCUCAUGCUGUACACCCUAUCACUGCUGUUCAGCUUGAGUGGUCAUUAUGGUCUAGAGACGUGGAAGAAGAUAUAAUUCCAACUUGCAGAGAACUUGGAAUUGGAAUAGUAGCUUAUAGCCCACUUGGUAGAGGGUUCUUUUCUGCUGGAGCUAAACUAGUGGAGUCUCUAUCAGAUCAGGAUUUUCGCAAGCAUAUUCCUAGAUUUCAACAAGAGAAUCUUGAGAAGAAUGCUGAAAUAUUUGAGCGUGUUAACGCAAUGGCAGCCAGAAAAGGAUGCACACCGUCACAGCUCGCAUUGGCCUGGGUCCAUCAUCAGGGAAGCGAUGUAUGCCCCAUACCUGGGACAACAAAAAUCGAGAAUUUAAACCAAAACAUUGGAGCACUAUCUGUGAAGCUCACACCUGAGGAAAUGGCUGAACUCGAGUCUUACGCAAGCACAGAUGAUGUUCGAGGCGACCGGUAUCCUCAGGCGAUGGCCAACACUACUUGGCAAAAUUCUGAGACCCCUCCCUUGUCAUCUUGGAAAGCUCAGUAAUUGUUUUCAUCUGUUCAAAUACAAAGUCCUGGUCCAAAAUAGCUGAAUGGCAGAGCGCACACAAGAUUUUGUAGAACGUAUUCAUCAGUCGCUGGACGCUGCUUGCUCCUGUUAUACAUCACGUAUAUUUGGAAUGAGAUGUCCUGUCUGUCUGUAUUGUGUUAUGUUCUAUGCUUUCGUCAUGUUUGUGCCUACAACCUACUUGUGUGAAGUGCGGUUCUAUAAGCCUGUGCACUGCACGCAGUACGUGUGCUAAUAAUAAAAUAAUGUUUUGCAAUCACUAA